AUGGCUAGAGAUGUAACAUUUUCUGUUAUGUAUUUUCCACUUUUUGCUGCAUUGGAUGCAUUAGGGCCCAGAAAAUCACCCCAAAGUGGAGAUGCUGUUUUUUAUGCUUCCUUUCUUGCUGGUAUUGUAGCGGGUGCUAUAGCCUCUUUUUCAGUGACUCCAUUGGAUGGCCCUCGUGCUUUCUUCAAAGGUGCAGGUUGCCGAAUGUUGGUUAUGGCCCCACUUUUUGGUAUUGCCCAGAUGGUAUAUUAUAUUGGUGUUGCCGAAUUUUUACUUGGACGUGAAAAGAGUCAACAUAUUUAAAAUGACUGUAGGUUCUAAAAUAAUUUCUCGGUUUGUUUUUUUAUCUGUGAUCUUUCUUAAAAUUUUAUUUUCUAAUAUCUAAAUCAUUUUUUCAAUCUUUUCACUUGCAAUAAUGUGAAUAAGGGUUGGCGGUUCGGAACCGUCUCGAAUUGAGGAUUUUUCAUUUUUGGAUAUCCAAAAAAUUCGGUUUGGGUCGUUCGGGUAUCCGGAGAUUUUCCAAGAAUCGACAACCCUAAAUAUUAAUAAUAUUAAUAACUUAGC